AUGGAGCACGAGGUCUCGGAGCCCGAGCAGUUCUGGAAUGAACUCGAAGCGAUCGUCUCCAAACCUGCCGACUCCGAAGACCUUAUCGAUGAUGCGCUGAGGGAAUAUCUGGGCUUCACAACGCAGUACAAAGAUGAGUUCCUUCGGUCGGAGUGGGAUGUCUCGCAGUGCUCGUAUAAGCUCUUUGCGUCGAGCAUCUUCUCCGCACACGGUGAUUAUGUUCGUCGACAGAUCAUCUACGGUCUCUUGCAGGAAGAUGAGCCGAAUACAUUACAUCUUAUCGCAUCGUUCUUGCUCUUCGACGGUCGGCAGAAUGAAGUAGCGCUGCAGAUGAUGAAUGAGGAGGGUGUCUUUGCUAAGCUACUUGAGUUGAUUCAGGCUUUGAGGAAGGGGGAAAUGGAUGGCAGUGCGGAUCUACAUCGGAUCUUAAUGGAUUUGCUGUAUGAAAUGUCUAGGAUUCAACGAGUCAAGAUUGAAGACUUAGUGCUUGUUGAUGACGACUUUAUUCGAUGUUUAUUUGAUAUCAUCGAGGAUCUAGCGUAUGAUGUUACGGAUCCGUAUCAUUAUCCUGUUAUUCGUGUCCUACUGGUAUUGAAUGAGCAAUUUAUGAUCUCGGCUCAUGAUCCUGUAGAUGGUCCGGUCACUUCAAGCAAGCUGACCAACAAAGUCAUCAAGGUUUUGUCUGUACAUGGCGGUUUAUACAAGACUUUUGGAGAGAAUAUAAUUCUGCUUAUUAACCGAGAAGCGGAAACAUCACUGCAGCUACUCACCUUGAAGUUGCUCUACUUGAUAUUUACAACCCCAAGUACUUAUGAGUACUUCUUCACCAAUGAUCUGCAUGUCCUGGUAGACAUUUUGAUCCGCAACUUGUUCGAUCUACCGGAGGAAGCAACCGCACUUCGGCAUACUUAUUUGCGAGUUUUAUAUCCACUCCUAGCACAUACUCAGCUAAGACUUCCCCCACAUUACAAGCGAGAGGAAUUGCGGAGACUGCUCAACAUUCUCGUGCGUGGUCAAGUCUCGUAUGGCAAUGAGACUGAACAGGAGAAGAUCCUUCAUUUUGAGGACGUUGAUGAAACUACUCGACGACUUGUCGCUCGAUGUGCCACUGUGGAUUGGCUUCGCGAUGUAGAAACCGAGGCAGCUCCUGCACAAGAGGCACCUACCCAGCCAGUAACGGCCAGUAUUGAUACAGUGCUUGAGGAGACUGUUCAACAAGAGUCACCGAUUGACAUUGAAGAGCCAAUCGACCUGACUCGAUCACUAUCCCGUGCAAGCACCAUUCCAGACUCACCAGGUGCAGCAUCACCAACAAGAAUGGACUCGCGUGGCUCCUCAGAGGCUCCAGAAUCUCGCCGUAAACUCAGCACAAUCUCGCGUCUCGGCAUGAACCUUGAGCCUGCCACCUCAUCUUCGCUAAGUGUCCAGGCUGUUGCAACCCAGCAUGAAAAACCAGGUAUUAUUACACCCAGCCGCAAAGAUGGACCGACCAUUCGACCACCAAAGAUCAGGCCUGAGCCACCCAAGGCCCGCCGAUGGCGUGGUCGCCGUCUUGCCAUGGAUGAAGAUGAACAGCAGCACUCCGCCGGUACAAGCAGUGACCGUAAUAGCGCAACCAUUCCGGAAGGCGUGGAGGUUGGAGUUAGUCCCACAUCAACACAUACUGCUCCAACGCCUACAUCCACCACCCCAGUUUCAGGUGUAUCUACCUCUGCGCCCCAGACGGAUGAUCCUGAACGCCGCAACUCCACAACAACGUCCCACCUCAUUCCCCCAAUCCCCACUCAUGCCCGCCGCUCCGCAUCAAACCCUCCACCCGCUCUACCCCCACCUCGUCGCUCCGUUUCUGCCAAUAUACCCUCCAGCCACCAUCGCCCUGUUCCCCCACCUUCAACAGCCACAAUCCCCCUCCCACCAGGAAUACCAAUUGGGAAGCAUGGCGCGAAGCCUCUCCCGCCAAAAACGCGCCGUUCGGGCCGUGGCAAGGCGCAUACCGCUACCGACUCUCUAGAGAGUAGGACUAGUAACGGGAGUACACAGAGAGAAGACGAUGCCGAAAUGGCCAUCGUUACAGAAACUGUCAUUCCUCCGAUCUCAAAGACAAUACCAGAGUCGCAGGACGGCUAUCCUGUGUUGGCUGAUGGGAACAGCAACGGCGAACAUCCUGACCGAGAUCCCUUUUCACCCACCUCUCCCACAUCUCCCACUCUUCUUGUGUCGCCCGCCUCUCCCCCGAAUGAACUUGAUUCUAAAGUGGGAGAUGGAGAAGAGAAAAAUGCAUACUCUGCUCCUGUGAGUGUAGAGAAGGCGUUACAGGAUGUUUCUUUGCAUUAG